AUGUCCAGUAUAGCAAAAUUACUGUCUGUUUUCGGCAACGAAGCGCCACAUCAGUCGACAAUUUCCCGUUGGUAUGGAGAAUUCAAACGUGGACGGGUGAGUCUUAGCGACGAUCCCAGAGUGGGUGCACCAAAAACGGCAAUUGAGGCGUCCUUUAAGAUCUCAAAGACCUCAAUUCAAAAAAUUUUACAUGAAGAAUUAGGAGUAAGAAAAUUAGUUUCUCGUUGGAUACCCCACCUGUUGACUCACGAGCAGAAAGCAGCCAGGGUUAAUUGGUCAUUGUUAGUUCUAAGGAAUCGUGGAUUUACUUCAACAAAAGUCAUCCGUUCUCGAAGUGUUUCGAAAAAGAUGCAAAGAACUGUUACUGCGGAUUGGUAUACCAUCAUUUGUUUGCCAAAAGUCAUCACGGAGCUUCGAAGAAUCAACCCCGAAACAAGAAUCAUCCUCCACCAAGACAAUGCAAGCUCGCACACAGCCCAAAAAACAAGGCAGUAUUUAACGGAAGAAAUCGUGGAAUUAUUGGACCAUCCUCCAUAUAUUCCCGAUCUAAGUCCUAACGAUUUCUUUACUUUCGCGGAAAUUAAAAACAGACUGCGUGGUCAAAGGUUCCAGUCACCAGAAGAAGCAGUUGACGCAUUCAAAAAUGCCGUUUUGGAUCUGCCAGCAAACGAGUGGAAUAACGGCUUCGAAAAUUGGUUCGAGCGCAUGCAGAUGUGUAUUAAUCUUCGUGGAGAAUACUUCAAAAAACAAUAAAGUCAUUUAAAACUACCUGCUGUGUUGUUUUAUUUCCAUAUGCAAAACUUAAAAGACAUCCCUCGUAUAUCUAGGACUGAAAUUCUUAGACUCGUAAAUACGAACAUCAAGUAAAUUCA